GCAAGACAAACGCCGACCACGACGGCGGCGACCACCACAAAGUCCCGGCCACGCACGCAUCGACGCCCGUCGCACCCCCCUCCCACCUAUUCUUUGCAGCGCCAGCACACGCACCAGCACACGCACCACCAGCACACCCAGGACCGAACGCACAAGCCCCGAUCGACCCCGAGCCACUCCCAAACGACAACGGUAUGUACGCCGACACGCACCGGGGCCAGUCCCCGUCGCCCGUCUACGACGUCCCCGAGCUCCCGACGCUCCGCCGCGUGAAGCCGCUCCCGAAGCGCAGACGCACCUCCGAGCCGGACACGCACACCCACCUCGACUCCGGUGGCGGGGCCUCUGGACACACCUCCCCCAACGGCUCGCAAGGACCCGAUGACCAAGCGGAGGACGGCACGGGGCGUGCGACGCUCACGGCGCAGAUGGCGCUGCAGGCGUACUACAUGCCCGUGCUCGGCGGCGUGCGCGACCUGUUCAAGACAGUGCCCCCGGAUGGAGACGCAGAGCAGAUGGGCACCCGCCUCGACCUCAGCAGCGCGCUCGCGGGGCUCGGCGGCGGGUUCGGCUUCGGGCUCAGCACGGGGUAUGGAUACGCGGAUAGUGGGGGCAUGGACGGCCGGGACGGGUUAGACGACGACGAGAGCGGGGAGGGCGACUACGUGGACCACCUGCAGCAGCCAGGGAACACGAAGAAGCGCAAGGUGCCCGCGAACAUGUCCGGCUCGGCGCACGACGGAGGAGACUCUGCGUCUGGCGGGGAAGACGAGUCUGCGGAGCGUGGGAUCCCGACGGGGCGUGAGCGGGAUAUUGAGGGAGGCGUAGGGAACGGAGGAGGUGCCGGAGGUGGUGGCGGGGGAGGCACAGGUAUGGUAGCGUUGGGCGGGAUGGGCGCACAAGGGGUGCAGGGACGCGGAGGGCGGCGCGGUCGCCUCACGCGCGCGACGCUUGCGGGGCUGCAGCACAAGGAGUUGUUGCGGAGCCGGAAGCGGCAGCUCGCGGUGGUGCUCGGUGCCCUCGCGCACGGGGACACGCUCGCACUCGACCAGGCGCUCUCCGCGAGCUACCCGUUCGUGCAGACCGGGAUCGACUACCGGAGCGGCGCCCCGGUUAGGAUGCGCCUCUCGCAGCGACGAGAGGCGCGGAUGGCACGCGCAUUCAAAGUACACAAAGAGGCCUUGCUCUCCGAACACGCCGACGGUCCCGACGCCCCAGGCGACGAGAACGCGGCCCCGGCUCCCACGGCGCCCUCCUCCGAGUUCACGUUUGUGUACAACUGCGCGACCUCGGACCGCCUGAUCGCCACGAAGGAGGAAGUCGCGAUCCUGCACGGCCGGUUCGAGGAGGAGCUCGCGCGCCAGGCCGCCCGCGCCGCCGAGGCCGCGAAGCAGGCCGCCGCCGCCGCACUCAGCGCGCCCGCCGCCAAGCGCACAGACCGCACCAAGGCCGGCGGCGGCGACGUGCAGGGCGCGCUGGACGCGCCCGCGGCGGGGGCGAAGAAGGGCGGGAAGAAGAAGAAGCGGUCCGCGCUCGCGAACGCGUCGAACCCGCACCACCUGCGCAACUACGUGCCGUCGCGGCUGCCGCACACGGGCCCGCCCUCCGCGCAGCAGGCCGCGCAGAACGCGCAGAACAUGCUCAGCCCGCUCCCGCUGCGCUUCCUCGCCGCGGAGAUCCCGCCGCGGCGCACGCGCAAGAAGGCGUCUGUGGCGGAGGGCGCACCUCCGCCCCCGCCGCCGGUGUCCACGGCGCUGGCCAAUCCGGCGGACGAGUGGAUCUGCCCGUUUUGUGAGCACGAGCUGUUUUACGGGGACGAGCAGAGCUACCACCGCGCGGUGCGCAACCGGAAGAAGAUCUUGCGUCGCCGGAGGCGGGCGCGCGAGCGUGCGGCGGCGGCUGCGAGCGGGGUCGCGCCUCCCGCUACUGCGGCCGCGCUGCACCCCGCGGACAGGGGUGAGCACGAGGUCGCGCCGGCGGCUCUGGACGCCCUUCCCUCGAAGGAGCCCGCGUCGUCUCCGGGAAAGGCGGCGAAGUGGAAGGAGGGAGAUAGAGGGGCGCGAGGGGUGGCGGCAGGUUCGUGAUGGGGCCGCGCAUGCAUGUUGUUUUACAUGCUCGCGGCUCGCGGAGACGCGGGGAGGUUUGGGGUUGACCGACGGAUGGAGGUGGAACGCGCACAGCCUAUACUAGGAUGCAGGUGGAGCGACGGUGUAUUCGCACAGACGCAGACGCGGCGCAUGCCUCUGGAGGUGAAUACAUGCAGG